AUGGCCAUGGGACAAGGAGAGCAGCGAGCCAUCCAUCCCUUUUUUCGAAAAGGUUAUGAGCAGGCAACUAAUAGUCAUGACGCCCUCAAUAACGUUCACGUUGGCUCGCCUGCCUCUCACGCGAGUCCCCCCGUUGCUAUGCUCGACCCUGAUCCCAAUGCGGACCGAAGGAAGAGACGGAAGACAAGUAAUGAGCCAUCAGCCCUGGCAGAGGAUGAAACGCUGUCUCCCUACGAUUCCGCACCCCCUACCAAUGCAAUGAAUCCGUCUGGGGACAAACACCCGUCUCCCCAGCCAUCAGCUAACCACACAAACUCUACACCUAGCAGCUCUGUCCCAGAUAGUAACACCCCCACCAAGCGCAUCAUACUAAAACUAAACCCCAAUGGGAAACUUCUCAGUUCCCCUGUUGCAGACAAGCUUUCGGACCGAUCAAAAAAAGCGAAGGGCAACAAACGUGGGAAGCAGGGCCAGAAGAAAGUGGUGGUUAUCAAAUAUAGCAAUAAAGGAGUAUCCGAAAUUCUAGGGAAGAAAAUUGACGACAUCAUCAAUGGGAGAGCAAAAUUUACCCCUACAUCACUCCCAGCUAUUCCCACACCCCCUGAGUCCUCCGCGCCGAAGAAAACGCAACCCCCCAAGCCCACUCACCCAUUCUUCUUGAAGAAGGCAAUACGCAAGUCUGAGAUAUCCCCUCCUCACUCGCCAUCCCACGAUUCCACUCCAACAGAGUCGGAGAGAGAGGAACUAUGGAAAUUUGCUCCUUCCCGCCCACCGUCGAGUUUUUUCUCCAAGGCACCGGUGUCAUUCAGACAGUCUCUCAAAUUUCCCGAGCCUAUAUACCCAAUCUGGCCCCCGCGAGGCCUCACACACGUACGAGAUAUCUCUGAUAUCAACAUGCAAGAUGAAGACCUCCCCUGUCCCGUGGAAAUAGACCACAGGAAAUCCAAGAUGGCCGCCAUUCAAAUUCAUGAUAGUGAAAAUGUGCUAUCCUUAAUUGUAAACGAUGCAGGGGAGUCACGGCCACUAUUAAGGAUACCGCAGAGGCAAGUUACUAGUGGGCUAGCUUUGCAGACGAUUAUGGCGGAACAACUAUCUGGACUAUUUUCGAAAUCUUCAACAAACGAGCCAGGAACCAACUACCAUCCAGCUAUUGUGAAGCUCAAUUCGUCUCUGCUUUCUUCCAUGACUGCUUUUGACCGCGGGGAGUUUGACACGCACACAUGGGCUCAGAAAUACGCCCCAAAUGCAGCACCGCAGGUUCUCUGCGCUACGAAAGAAGCAUUCAUGCUUCGAGACUGGCUAAAGAAUUUAAUGGUCCUGGCCGUCGAUACGGGUAAGCCAUCGAAGGAGAACGAGAAGACCAAACGGAAGGCCGAAGAGAAGAAGCGGAAACGACGCAAGAAGUCGGACAAGCUGGAUGGAUUCAUCGUCUCUAGCGAGGAUGAGGCCUCCGAGAUGGACGAAGUGAACGGCUCUGAUGACGAACUAGCAGGCGACGUGACAGUUUCAAACAAGAGAACCGUUGUUCGUUCUGGUGACUUGACAUUCCACCUGAAAUCCGGCGGCGAUAGGGGCCGCAUGUCCAAUGCUAUUCUGCUCAGCGGUCCUUCGGGGUGUGGGAAAACGGCGUCCGUUUAUGCAGUGGCUAAAGAACUUGAUUUUGAGGUUUUCGAAAUUAAUGCAGGCAGUCGCCGGAGUGCAAAAGACAUUGUGGAUCGUAUUGGAGAUAUGGCCCAGAAUCACCUCGUCCACGGUGCCAACUGCGAAGAACCUACCAGCAACCAACCCCUCCUUGCAAAUUCCCAGAGCGAUCCGCUAGAAGAUAGUAACCAAAGUAAGCUCAUGGGAUUUUUCAAAGCGCCGACCGCCGGGCCUCCGAAGACCAGCAAUGAAAGGUCCGAGCCAGAUACGAAAAAAACCUAUACAAAGCGAGCUCGAAGUCAAAGGCAAUCCCUGAUUCUGCUAGAAGAGGUGGAUCUUCUCUUUGAAGAAGACAAGCAGUUUUGGUCAGGAGUGCUUACUCUCAUUAAUCAGUCUAAGCGUCCGAUUGUCAUCACUUGCAAUGACGAGAGUCUUCUUCCUCUCGACGAUAUAUCAUUCCAUGCCAUCCUCCGAUAUCGAGCUCCUCCACCGAAUCUGGCAGUCGAUUACCUACUUCUAGUGGCCGCAAAUGAGGGCCACGUCCUGAAGCGAAAAGCAGUUGAGAAGCUCUAUCGAAUCACCGGUCAUGAUCUUCGACGAUCAAUCAUGGAAUUAAAUUUCUGGUGCCAGAUGGCAGUUGGAAGUGAAAAAUCGGGACUGGACUGGAUGAUGGACAGGUGGCCGCGAGGCACAGAUCUUGACGCAAACGGAGACCCACUGCGAGUACUCAGCAUCGACACCUAUCAGGAAUUCAUGGGCUGGUUCAGCCGUGAUAUGCUAGUAGGCAGUAAGCCAUUAGCCAGCGACCUUGAGCUCCAAAGAGAGGCGUUUCAUUGGUGGCAGCUUAGCUUCCAAGAGUCCGAAAGCAUGGAAGAUUCACACAAUCAUUCAUGGUCAAAUCCAGAUCCGAACGCAUCGAAGCUGAAGCUCUUCGAUCACCUUUGUGAGCAGUCUGACUUUAUGGCGAUGAGAAGCGCCUUCGAUGUCUUGACCGCUGGCUGCUCCCCGGAACCCCGAACGGACGCCAUUGAUUUUUCCAUUCCUUUCCUGUCUGAGAAGCAAAACCCGAACUACAUCGAAGGCUAUCAGCUUCUGAAUGCUGAUCAUAUGCCGGACUAUACGGCGCUACCCAUUGAAAUCGGCAGUGCCUGUGAGGCUUUCAUUGGCAAAGCUUUCCGGCAAGAACGCGAUCCUGAUGUCGAAGCAAAGCAGGCUAGGAAGGUGCUGGAGGCCGUUCCCAAGCCUAGAACGAUCACAUCACCAGGAAUGGAGCUCUUCGAAGCUCUGGGCCCCGUUAUAAAACCAGACUACGCGCUUUCACCCAACGGACGGGCAGAGCCAUCAUUUGAAUAUACCUUGCGGUCAGUCGCGGAAGACCUAGUUCCAUACGUUCGAUCGAUCAUCACAUUCGAUCUCCGCCUUGAACAAUACCGACUAGAGCUGAGCGGGCUCCUGAGUGGUGGUAGCAAAGGCCCCAAACGCAUCCGAACUACGCGGGCCAGUCGAGCCGCGCUGGAGGGAGGCAGUAAGGCAGAGACCCGCAAGGAGAGAUGGUUUACUCCCAAUGUGAAUCCAUCUCGGAUCCUUGCGACAGGCAUGAAGGAGUGGCAAGAGCUCCUGGUGCAGAAUGGGUACUUCGCGAUGCCCUCCACCGGGCAGACUCGAGAGGAAAGUGAGCCAGUUGUACUAUUAUCCCCUCUCUGCCUUGAACUAACUGCGCCUCCUCAUCGACAACCCCCCCCCCUCGCCUCGACCAUCACGGUCCCCCGAUCGUCCUUCAUGUCCCUGUUUGGCACUUCGCCAGACGAUUCCUCAGCGGCUGAUUCGGCUCAGAGGUCCAAGUCCUCCCUUUUUGCCGACGAACCUUCGUUUGGUGCCGCCAGUGCCAAUUUCGGCUCUUCCUCCCUAUUCGCCGAUGACGACGGCCUGGACACCGGUUCGCCUUGGAAUAGCAACACGGGCAAGAGAACUUCCAAGCAACAGUUGGUGAGGACUCUGCUGCCUGACACAGAUGUCCCCGAGAAUUAUAUUGAUGCGUUUGAUUUGGUGCUGAGUCUCGAUGAUAGAGUGGGAACUGGCAUCUCCUUGACUGCUGUCCGCGAGAUCCUCUCCGGUGGUGGAAUUUCUGCGACUGAUCAGGCCAAGAUUCUCAACCUUGUUAUCUCAGGAGAGAUCGACAGGUCAAAUGGGCUGGGUCGUGGCGAGUUCAGCGUAUUAUUGGCUUUGAUGGGUCUUGCGCAGGAAGGCGAAGAUCUGACAUUUGAUACGGUAGACGACCGGCGUAAGACGCUACCACCACCAAAAAGUUCGUACUUAGAUUCGUUGCGCGCGAAACAGGACUCCACUAUGUCGACUCUUUCGCAUGAGCGCCCAACCACGCCACCCCCCUCCUCUCACCCUCUGCCAGAGCCGAGCUCCGUACAGUCACGCCGAUCCGGACGCGACUCGAUGGGUGGGUUAGAAUCCGACCCGUGGGGCAGCCCCCAGCUGCAUCGUGGACAUGCCCAUGCGCAAACCGAACACGAACACGGAGCCUUGAACGGCUACGGGAGUGUACGGUCAACGACCAACGCCUGGUCCAGUGGCAAGUCCACUGAUGGCGGCAAUCCGAGUGAACCGUCCAAUCUCAGCCGCCCAAAUGGGCGAAGUGAUGUUACUCCCUCGUCCGCUGGCUCGGGAUUUGGGUGGGGGGACAGUUUUGGACACACAUCAGAUGGCGGUGGCCUCGGAGGGCCCGUCCGAGCUGGCCUUGGAGGAGACUUUAGCCAACCAGGCAGCGACCCCAACGAAUCAAAUCCCCGUCGGCGGUCGCUUGGUCUCGGCCGGGUAACCACUCCGCCAGUUAAUGAAAUGGUGACGGUGACGUUGCUGCAAGAGAAGGAGGGAAUGUUCAUGUUCCAGCAUCGGAAUUACGAAGUGAAGUCUGCGCGGCGAUGCAGUACGGUUGUGCGACGGUACAGCGAUUUUGUGUGGCUUCUUGAUUGCCUUCACAAACGAUACCCGUUUCGCCAGUUGCCUCUUCUCCCCCCGAAACGCAUUUCAGUCAAUGGCACUCACCUCGCAGCGGAUUCAACCUCCUUUCUUGAAAAGCGUCGUCGCGGACUCGUUCGAUUUACCAAUGCGUUGGUUCAACAUCCGGUGCUCAGCCAGGAGCAGCUGGUGGUGAUGUUUUUGACCGUUCCAACGGAACUGUCCGUGUGGCGUAAGCAAGCGACGAUCUCUGUACAGGAUGAGUUCAUGGGGAGGGUACUCCCUCCCGACCUGGAAGACUCGCUGCCGUCGACUCUGUCCGAUACCUUUGACACGGUUCGAACUGGGGUGAAACGGUCCGCUGAGGUGUAUAUUAAUCUGUGUACGCUUCUGGAACGGCUCGCCAAACGGAAUGAGGGACUGGCCGCGGACCAUCUCCGGUUCUCGCUGGCGCUGCAGUCGCUCACGGAAAUGACGCGUGAUACGUAUGCGAUCGACCGCAACGACGUGCCCCUUCUGAACGACGGGAUCCAGGCGACGGCCAGGCACCUCUCUGCCAGUCAGACGCUGUUGGAAGAUGAGGCGCGGGCGUGGGAGAAUGGGGUGCUGGAGGAUCUCAAACGGCAGCGCGACUGCCUGGUUAGCGUGCGGGAAAUGUUUGACCGACGGGAUCGCUAUGCGCGCAAUAAUAUCCCGCAGCUGGAGCGUCGGAUUGAGAGUAAUGAGCGCAAGUUACAGGAUCUGCGGACGAAACCGCCAGCGACGGUCAAAGCUGGGGAGAUUGAGAAGGUGGAAGAGUCCAUUUUCAAGCAACAUGCACGAGGAGUAUUUAUUCAAGAGUGUCUACGGGACGAGCUGGUGUAUUUCCAACAGAGCCAGUACCAUAUCAGUCGGCUUCAUCAGGACUGGAGCCAGGAGCGAGUAAAGUACUCGGAGCUGCAGGCGGACAAUUGGCGGUCACUGAGCGACCAAGUAGAGGGGAUGCCAUUGGGGGAGUAA